ACUCCCGUUUGGUUCCUCCCCCAUUCACGUCUACCAGGGAGUGUGUUUUUCUCUGGGAGUGCUGGAGUCAGCAGAACAAUCUGAGUGUUGUCUUUUACGUUCACUGGUAAUGUAGGUUACUGUGGCCACACACACUUUGAUUUGACAGCCAUAAACAAAAGGGUCAUUGAGGAGGACUUUCUCUUUAGCAAGUCAACUCAGGUGACAAUAGAGGAAAUGGAUGUCACAUGGGAAUAUCCAAUUUAAGUACAAAUGAAUCCUAACCUCGAUCCUCUUUAAAUGUGUUAAACUUUAAUAUAUCGCAAUGAAAAGCAGACAAGUUCUAACAUCACAACAACAACAGAUUUUCCCACGAGUUUCUUUAAAAACAAACAACACGUCCCGUUCUUUACAAUGUUAUUGUUGAAAGAUUUAACAGGAGUUACGAGGCCAAAACGAGAUGUCAAUGAUCACAAAUAUGCUCUGGAAGCUGCAAAUGACUGUAAUCAUGAGGCGGUGAAAUUUAGCUGCAGCAUUACCUCGUCUAGAUCGGCCUGUUCCUCAAAGAAAAAUGAUAGUGUGAAGAGUUGGCUCACUAAGCGGCCAAAAGCUCAACAGUAACCACAGGGCUGUAUUUUGACUCUCUACGUAUAUGUGGUAUCUCAAGUUUUGUUCUUACUCUCCUACAGUCUCUGUAGACGAGCGACACUGUGACAAAACAAAAGCCCACCCACUCUAAAUAUUGCGAAAGCAAACACAGUAACCUUAAUGAAAACCCCAGUGAGGAAAACACCCUGGGGCUUCAUAAAGUCAGGGUUGAACUGGUUGGUCUCGAUUGAAUAUUAACGGGAAGCGAUAUUUUAGCCAUUCAGCUAAAACCACCUCAGACUGAAGUGCCGAGUCAUUUCUAUCAACACCGUAGUGACCCGAGCUCCACAGCUGAGGGGGAAGAAAAAAGAAAAACAGAUCUAGUUGGCCCGGGCAGAGGUUGGACUUUAAUCCCACAUAACAACAUUUGUGAGCUGACCUUAAGAGGAGUGCAGGAAGUCCCAGUGUGGCGUGUGCUAACUGCUCAAUGAGAAAGAUAUUUCCUAAUAGAGUAGUGUUAAGGCGGAACCGACUCAAACAGACACUGUUACUGCUGCUGGCUGGAAGAAGAAUCCUCCAGAGUGUCUGUAUCUGUGUUGACUGGUGCUUGGGGGGUAAAAGCUGAAGACAUUUGGAUCAUGACGACAGAAAGAAACAGCAAAGCCCUGAAGGUGAAGCAGGAAUGUGGCGAGAACGUGCCCGUCCUCUCAGACAGUGAGCUCAUGUCCCUCACGGUACGGGAGCUGAACCUCCACCUGCGCGGCAUGUCCCGCGAGGAGAUCCAGAAGCUGAAGCAGCGGCGGCGCACCUUAAAGAACCGGGGGUACGCCGCCAGCUGCCGGGUCAAACGGGUUUCCCAGCGCGAGGCCCUGGAGCAGCAGAAAGGUGAGCUCCAGAGGGAGGUGGAUCGACUCGGCGCCGAGAACGCCGGGAUGAGGAAAGAGCUGGAGGGCCUCGGCGCGCGCCUGGCCGCUCUCCAGAGAUUCGCCAGGGGUCUGGAGGCCGGGGGGGGCAACCUGCUGGCCACGGCGCCGCGUCUCAACACCGCCUCCGUCAUCACCAUCGUCAAGAGUCCACCACAGCCUCAGCCACAGAGAGAACACGAGCCGUCCUAGAAGGAGCUGCCGGACACAGACUUGGGGAGGGAUGCACAACCUGCAAUGCAAACACACACUCAUACACACACACCCGCAAGCAUACAUGUACUAUACACGUGCUAAAGAAUAGGAAGACAAAUAGGAAAAUUAGCAGGAAUAUACUAAAUCCUUGUGUGCGUCGAGCCCCGGUCACAUUACGACGGGCGCCAUUCAGUCGAGUGUGACACGGCGCCGACAGUGCGGCGGGUGACAUCACCACAAACGACAACAGCUACGUUUAAUUUUUCUAAAGCAACAGCUGAGAAUUCAUCCAGGACAAGUGGAGGUGUCCUCUACUUCAUGCUAUUUUUUUAUAAUGCUAUAGCUUAGCCGACUGAAAUUUACUCAAGUAGGUUUGUUGAGAAAUCCGAGAGCUCAGUUAUGUUCAAGAACAACGCAGCGUGUGUAUUGUGAGCGAGGCGUUGAAACACAGACGUGUGCAGAAUCCUCACAACUCGAAAAACCGUCGACUGACUAAACUCACUGGACUGAAGCCGGAACACAACCCAAACAAGAGUUACUGUACAUCUCCCACCACUCAACCGAUCCAGCCUGUGACGCCAGUGCUCUCUGAACGACCAGCUUCAGCCUCUCCCCCCGUUUUCAGUUUAUGGCACCUGACCAACAAGCAAAAAAAAAAACGCCAGGGUGGAGCUGACGUAUGCCAUGCGCUGCUUCCUCUAGCUUGACAAACGUCUGCAUUCCUGGUACAGUUGUAGUCUGAAGCCAGCUAGUGUUUCCUCAUAAGCAGUCCAGGGUCGUGUGUUUCUGUUAGCAUGUAAGAGAAUGUUUCACAGUAGGAAUCACUUCGUCAUUUACGCAGAGUUUCUCAACUUCAGCGUCACUUGAUAUCCAGGCAGGGGCCACGGGGGGAUUCCCCAGACUCCACACUCGCAUUCUGACAUUUCCUUCAUUCUUUCAAAAAAAAUAUAUAACUAAAACACAGCAGUAGGCCACCUCACAGCUCCCUUAGCGAUGAGGCCACGAGGAUUUUGGAAUCAAAUAGUUUUUAACACACUCCAGAAAACAGGUUGAGAACCGCUGUGUUCAUGAAUUCAAAACGGUUCAUUACGUGAAAUGUCUUUAGUUUUGGGUUUUUCAGUCUCCCUUCCUGGUCUGGCCCCUUGGUUUAAGGAGAAAGUUUCGUACUACCUGUGUACACAUUUCCCACAUUACUGCAGUGCCUUCAGUGUAUGUCGGAGUUCUAAUAAUCGAAACCUAAGAGAGAGAAGGUUGAAAAACAGACUGUAAUCGCUCCUUCUUACCUGCUCAUGAUCACGCAUCUCCUUUUUUUUUCUUUACAAUUCCUCCUUUAAACCACCCACUACUCGUUUCACGAUCCCUAAUUUUGAUACACUUUGCUGCGGCUUCCCUCCUUUUUCUAUAUCUGCUAGACUCCCAACAACAGAUGUUGGUCAUUUUGCCAAAAACGUGUCAAAGCGGAGUCGCAUCUGGUCGGUAUUACACACUCACAAACGAUGCAAAUCCUCUGCAAACAUUCCCGGUUUUUGUGUUCUUAUUUGUAAUGUUUGUAUGUGCCGUUGAGAGACGAAAAUGUUGAGUGACAUUUAUCAGAGAUAUAUUCUAUAUUUUAUUUGUAUUUAAAGGUAGAUAUUAUUAAAAAGACAAGCUAACGAGUGCUGUGAUGUUCUGUUUUCGGACGUACUUAUGACUAGUCUGGGGAUAUUCUCAUGUCUAAUAAUUGUGUUGUGUGGCGACGGUGAUUACUUUGCGAAAUGUUAAUUAUUAGCUCAGUAGAAGUAUGCUCAAAGCCAAUGGCCAUAUUGCUGUAUGAUUUAUUUUUGUGUGUGUGUUUUUUGCCAUGUUUGUACUGGCGUGUCAUAGUGGAUUCUUGGAGGGAUAUUAUUUUUCUAUGAUGGUUUAUAUGUUAUUUGUGUGAGGAAAAAAUUAAGGUCACUUCUGAAUGGGCCAGGGUGGGCAGAAACCCGGGGAUGUCGGGAUGGGAAGGCGCGAUGAGAAAGAUGGCGAAGGGGAGGAGACGAGAGAGGGCGGAGCUGUUGUUGGCUGAUGGAGAAAGAAAGUAGACUGAAGGAAAAGGAAGGCGGUGAGAGGUGGCGUUUGAUUCACUUGAAACCCUCUGUCGGUCGUCGGCCUGUUUGAGUCGAGUCGAGCUCAAACAGGCCUGGAUCUCAUAGAGUCUAGGCCACUGAAUAGUGCUAGCAAUAUCAUUUCUAAGCAGGCAUUGCAACACAUUAGACUGUGUUGACAAAUAACUCCUUUAAGAUAUGAGGCAUAUAUUUAGCUAUAUGAAUAUCAGUGUGGCAAAGCAUUUAUUCUCAAUAUUUUAAUGUCUCACAUCUGUCAACUUGUGCUGGAUGUUUUGUAAUACUUGCAAAACAAAAAUGGUCUUUGUAUUUAUUACCUGUAUUUUUUCUAUUGUGAAAAUUUAAGUACAUUGUCUAUUUUAAAUAUUAAUUAUAAUAAAUGUUGUACAUAUUGUACAUAAAAUG